AUGGACGACCUGCUCAACCCGAUUCGAGAUGCGGUGGAAGGUCUCAUUGACUUCAAAGGACAAGCCUUGGCCGAAGAUAUGUCAACAUUCUCCCUCUACACAUGCACUAUGGUUGCACUAGUGUGUGGCUUCGUCAUGGAUGACAUUUACAUUACGCUAUGGACUGGCCUAGGACUGACUUUGGCGGUCAUGCUCCUGAUCGUGCCACCGUGGCCAUUCUACAAUAAGCAUCCGGUGCGAUGGCUUGGCUCGAGAACGAGACUGCCAAGCGGAGGAAUCGUGGUUGGAGGGAAGAAAGUCCAGUAG